GUGGAGCUGGAGUUCCCUCUAGCUGUAGUCGGAGGAUUAAUGGGGUUCUGUCGAAUUAUGCGAACAAGCUAGGUAGAUGCAGCGGUUCUGGAUCCUGGAAAGUCAUCGGGGCAGGGACCAAUUCAAUAACGGAAUAAUAUUUUUAUAUGCGAAAUUAUACUAGCUGUUAGAGGAGUCUUGACUUCUCCAGCAGCAAAAAGUCCGGGCCUUGCUAGGUGCUACAGUGAAGUCUGAAGGCAACGGUAGCAACGAUCAAGAGGUAGUUGUUAGAUCUAGAAGCGAAGCGCUGGUUUCGACAAUUUGUACUGGACCUGGCCAGCCCAGAAACAUUUCUUGGCUAGCAGUCUACUGCAACCCCAAAGGGUAGCUAAAUAGCUAGCUCACUGAGCUAGCUGGCGUUUUUUCCCCGCUAGCUAGCUAGCUACUUAGCUAGCUACCUACGGAGUUUUUUUCAACGUAAGGUAGAGCAAACAGCGUAGAAAUACAACAGUUGGUGUAGACGUGUUGCUAAUUAUGUUUGUAGACUAUAUGGGUAUCCAUAGUAGAUACUGAAGAGUCGAUUUGGAAGUGGACAUUAAGAAAAGCACCAGAAAUUCUGUACCAAGGGAUCUCCUACCUGGCCUGCAAUCAUGGGCAACGCGCCCGCCGCCAAGAAGGGCAACGAGGUGGAGAGCGUGAAGGAGUUCCUCGCCAAAGCCAAAGAAGACUUCCUGAGGAAAUGGGAGAACCCAGCACAGAACACCGCGGCUCUGGACCACUUUGAGCGGUUGAAGACCCUGGGGACGGGCUCCUUUGGAAGAGUCAUGCUGGUACGGCACAAAGAGUCGGGCCAGCACUUCGCCAUGAAGAUACUCGACAAACAGAAGGUGGUAAAGCUCAAACAGAUAGAGCACACACUGAACGAGAAGCGCAUCCUGCAGGCCGUCAGUUUCCCUUUCCUAGUGCGGUUGGAGCACUCCUUCAAGGACAACACAAACCUGUACAUGGUGAUGGAGUACGUCCCCGGCGGAGAGAUGUUCUCUCACUUAAGGAGAAUCGGACGCUUCAGUGAGCCACAUGCCCGCUUCUACGCCGCCCAGAUCGUCCUCACCUUCGAGUACCUCCACUCGCUCGACCUCAUCUAUCGAGACCUGAAGCCUGAAAACCUGCUCAUAGACCAGCAGGGCUACAUACAGGUAACGGAUUUUGGCUUUGCAAAGCGAGUGAAGGGUAGGACCUGGACACUGUGCGGCACCCCAGAGUACCUGGCCCCUGAAAUCAUCCUUAGCAAAGGUUACAACAAAGCGGUAGACUGGUGGGCUUUGGGCGUUCUUAUUUAUGAGAUGGCUGCCGGCUACCCACCAUUCUUUGCAGACCAGCCCAUCCAGAUCUAUGAGAAGAUUGUCUCGGGAAAGGUCCGCUUCCCUUCGCACUUCAGCUCGGAUCUGAAGGAUCUGCUGCGUAACCUGCUCCAGGUGGACCUGACGAAGCGCUUUGGCAACCUCAAGAACGGCGUCAACGACAUCAAGGGCCACAAGUGGUUCGCCACCACCGACUGGAUCGCCAUCUACCAGCGGAAGGUGGAGGCCCCCUUCAUCCCCAAGUGCAAAGGCCCCGGAGACACCAGCAACUUUGACGACUAUGAGGAGGAGGAGAUCCGCGUGUCCUUCACGGAGAAGUGCGCAAAAGAGUUUGCCGAGUUCUAAAAGAAAACCGCACCCUGGGUUGCAGCAGAGGCAGAGAGGGGACGAAGAGGAAAAAAGAGGAAGAGAGAAAAAAGAGAGGGAUUGAGGGGAAGGGACAGAGAAAAGAGCUAAAGGGUUUUUUUUGCAGGGGUGGGGAGUGGGGGUGGUGGUGUGUAAAAGAAAAUGAAAAUGGGACUGCCGACCUGCACGUAGAAGAGAACGACAACGACAAUGUACAACCCCCCCUCCCCCUCAACAACACCCCCCUACUCCUUCCCAUCCUCGGAAGGAGCGAUGAAGUCGUCCAGAUAGAGCCAGCAGUGUUGCCUUCUCAGAUCGUCUCUUCACCUGUUACUUAUCCAUUUAAUGUCCUCCCCACUCCUCCACCCUACUCUCUCUUUCAAUCUCUUGGUCUGUUGGUGGCAGAGAUGCAGUCGACUUUCUUUCCUUGUAAUUGGUUGUCCUUUUUUUUCCUUCUUUUUUUUUGGCUUGUUUAAAUCAAGGCAGAGUUGACGCCGCCUGGUGACUGUGGCAGGUGCCAGGCAUUGACGUCUGUGUGGUACUGGGGUUAUUUUUGCAGCCUUUCCAGGGGUGGACCAUCUCUGGAGGUGCUUGUCCGAGAACAAGGGCAUCAUCACAUCACUUGCUUUGUUUGCUAAAAUCCAUACCAUGCCCCAAUGCGUACACGCAUGCAUACACACACAAACACACACACACAUACUUACUAACAUAAACUGAUACUUUAUUCAGCCCUGACCUCUCGUCCUCCUCCCCUAGCCCGAGCAAUACAGAGUUCAAGUCUAACGUGCCUGUCAUGGUACCAGUGUUUGCAGUGGCGUGUUGAAGGCACUGCCACCGGUAUUCAGCUUGUGGUGGCAGCAGACACGUUCUGUUUUUCAGGCUAACGUAAAUCAUGACGAGUGCAUCAUACCGUACCAUACCACACAUACACACGUGUGCACACAGCCAUCAUCAUGACUUGUGUUGUGGCACGAUCGUAUGUGAAACUUUUUUUUUCAGCGCUUUUAGAUCCUUUGCUGUUGACCACUUGGAGGGCAAGACUAGAUUUGAAUCAUGUACCUAAAGUUGGUCUCACAACAGGCUUGUCAUGUAGGUCUUAACAGUCUUUGGGACCUUUAAGUUAGCAGACUUCAAUGCUCAGCCUUUAUCUUUUAGAGGUAAUUUUGUCUGUCCACUUUCUUGGAUGAUUUGUUUUUCUUUUGACUUUCUUUUUUGUUGUUGCUUUUUUAACUUUUGAGAAUCAUGUGUGUCUUCUUAAAGGACAAGUGCACUAUUUUGAACAUGAAGCUAUCUUUUCUGGGUUUUCUGCAAUGUUUUUAGAGUCCUCCUCACCGUUUUUAUGAUGCUUCUUGCUGCUGUCUCCUUUAUUUGGCUAAUUUGGAUUUUCUCAACCAGCUUUAAAAUGGCCGUGUAUGGACAUGUCCAUAUAUCUGUUCUUAAAAUCACCCUAAACAUUUGUUUUCGAAGGUAUGCAUGUCACCAAGUAGUUUAGGUAUGUUCACUGGCAUUCACUAGCAAGUUUGAAAGUGAAAUAAGUCUUCUGCCAUGAUUUAUUUGGCAUUUUAUGAAUUAAAGAAAUGUAUUUACAAAAUGCUACAUGAAGCUUGACAGGCGCCAUGUUUUGCUACAAAAAUUGUCAUGGAAUAUCAAUGAUUGGAAUACCAAUGAAUACUACUAAACUCUUUUGAAGUUGCACAUUCUUAAAAACAAAUGUUAAAAGUGGUUUAAGCACAGAUAUAGACAUGUCCAUAGAUGGCCAUUCUAAAGCCAAUUGAGACAAAAUCCAAAUUAGCCAAAUAACAGAGAUGGCAGCAAACCUCAAAUAUAUGGUGAGGGGGACUCUAAAACAUUGCAGACAACUCAGAAAAGAGGCGUAAUGUUCAAAAUAGUGCACUCGUACUGCAAGUGUGUGUAUGUGUUUGUUUGUUUAGUGGUUUGAAGAUGGAAUUGGAAAAUGUGGUUCCUUUUUUGUUCAAUUGUAGUCACCACCGUUUUAAAGAGCACUCCUUAAGCAUAGGCGCUUGUAGCACAUAAAUAUACACUCAUGUAAGUCAAGCCUACACACACACACAUGCACACACACAGCCCCAUCCACAUCCAUCUCUUGGCUCAUCACAUUUGAUUGCUGGGGGACGAACAUCUGUCUUUCUUUUUGUUUGUUUGUUUGUUUCACAAAUAAAGUACUAUGAUGUCGGCCAAAAUCCCAAAUGUUGACGGUGUUGUUUGAGAGAGCAGGGUUGCCGCUCGGUGACAAAAGCCAAUGUGAAGGGGAUGGAGGAUGGGAAGACAAACAAGUAGCAACAUGUUUCAGAUAUAUGGUGCAUGCCAUUUUGUAGAUGACACUUAUUUAAAAUUAAGUGUUAGAAGGGUAAAUGACAUCUUUUUUUCAAUAGCUGUUUCCGGGCCAGGUUUCACAGGGUUCUUUGUCAUGUUUUUGUUGUUUUGUUUGUUUGAGGGCUAGGGGGGAGGAUGUGUGUGUGUGUGCGCGUGUGUGUGUGCGUGUGCAUGUGUUGAAAUUGGGUGUAUAGUGUUUUUUUCAAAAAGAAAAAAAGUGAAGGGAGAGCAUAGGCAGUGAGUUAAAGUUUGUUUCCCCCCCUUAAUAACUCCAAGUUUACCCAUCACCCCACCCUACACACAUACCCCCCCCAAACAUACACCUGUCCAGGAGCUCAAAAUGAUCUGAAGUUGGUGUUGGAUCUAGGGCUGAAAGACCCUUUGUGCAUUGUGCUUGUUUUGUCUAUUUUUUUUCUUUCAAAGCAGCUUUUUAAAUCAUUCAGUCUCUUUUUUUCUAGCCUUGGACAUUACCCUGCCUGGUGCUGACCUCCAGACAGGAAGAUCCUUUUUUUCUUUUUCUUCUUCAAUGUUCAUUUUAGAAAAUGCGUCCUUGUGGCUUAUGAUUCCAUCUGUUAAUUAAAAAGCUACCUAUGAUGUACAGAAUUCAA